AAAGUUAACAACUUCAGACUUGUUUUGAUUUUAACUAACUUGACUUGUAACUUGCAUUUGAUUUUUAUAUUUUGCGUUAUAGUUGUAGAUAAUUAUCUACUAAAUAUAAUCUUAGUUUGGGUCUUUAACAACUAAGUAAAGGAAAAUGUUAGUUCCUCGCCAGAUGAAGCAUUUAAAACCUCUUUUUGUAUUUCGGCGUUCUAUUCACAGCCAGUAUCUUAUUACUAACGAGAGUAAUGGAACCCGUGAAAUUACUCUUAAUCAUGAAAAAACAAAAAACUCAUUGUCAUUAGACAUGAUGACCCACCUUACACAAGCUAUAAAUGCUAACAAAGACGAUAAAUUAUUAAGAGCCAUAGUUUUAAGUGCCAAAGGAAAUGUAUUUUCAGCUGGUCAUAAUUUGAAAGAACUGCAAUCUAGUACUGGCAUGGAUCAACACAAAUUGAUAUUUAAUAAAGCAAGCGAGUUAAUGAAGUCUAUUAUUCAGAGCCCUGUGCCCGUAAUAGCGAAGGUAAAUGGCUUCGCAACUGCAGCAGGUUGUCAAUUAGUCGCGACGUGCGAUAUGAUCGUGUGUUCCGACAAUAGCAAAUUUUCAACACCUGGAGCCAACUUUGGCAUAUUUUGCUCGACGCCUGGAAUAGCUGUUGCCAGAUGUGUUCCCAAGUCUAGGGCUACGUAUAUGCUUUUUACAGGUGAACCAAUAACUGCUCAAGAGGCUUACGAUAGCGGUCUCGUUACAAAAGUAGUACCAGCAAGCGAACUGGACAAUGAAGUCAAUAAAAUAAUUGAAAAGAUAAAACACAAAAGCCGAAGUGUUAUAGCGCUGGGAAAGGAAUUCUUUUACAAACAAAUCGAUCUAAGUUUAAUGGACGCUUACAAACUAGGGGAAGACAUCAUGGUCAAGAACAUCAAUACUAAUGACGGCCAAGAAGGAAUCAAAAGUUUCGUAGAAAAGCGAAAAGCAAUUUGGAGUCAUGAGUAGGUAACCGUUAUCGCGAAUAUAUGAGGACAGGACAAAUUACUUACAAGUAUUGUGUAUUUUUAUCAAGUCUAUAUUACCUACUGAUAAAGAUUGUAGGUCUCACAAUACAACUCGGUUAUGUUAUUUGAAUUGUUUAAAGAAAUUAAACAAUCACGACACAAUUACUUAUCAUUGUUAAAUUACGUAACAAGUUUUUUAUAAAGAAUUAAAAAGCAUUUUAUUUA